AUCCGGCAAUGUUUAUGUUAUUUACUUUGGCAAUAUCGUAUCAGUGAAUCAUUUUGUAAAGAGAUGUAAAUAAUUUGCUCCAAAAAUACCGUUUUGCGUCACGCAUCGAGGUGCAUAGUGUGGUCGCCACUCGACAGAACCGGGUCCCGAUGUCUUUCUGGCUGCAACCGAUGCGGUAUAAACGGCGGAUCGUGUACGUGUUUCUGUUUCUUUCGGCCGCACUAUACAUCCUGUACAGCUGCAUUCCGGAUCCGCCGAUACACAACUGUUUCCAGAUCGUCCCCGGGGACAGCUUUGCCGCCGGGGACAGCUUGGACGAUGUGCAGCAGUCCAUGCCGCAGCCGUCCGACGAUGGGCGUAACAUCUUCUUUCACGAAACAUCCUGCUUGAAGGAGGACGGUAUUGUGCGGCUGAACGCCCGACAAGCGUGUGCAAUCGAGUCGGCUGCCCGGGCCAAUCCGGAGUGGAACGUGUACGUACUGUUUGCGGCUCCGGUUGGCUUCCGGAACCACACGACACAGCCAAUCCUUGACGCACUGCUCGAGUAUCGCAAUGUGCAUCUUCGGUACGUCAACUUGACCACAUACGCGAACGAAACUCCGCUGGAAGAAUGGAUGGCGAGUGGGGAAAUCUUUCGCUCGCUGUACAUGAACUCGCAUCUGUCCGAUGUGAUGCGCUACCUGACCCUGUACAAGUACGGUGGAACGUACCUUGAUCUGGAUGUGAUCGUGCAGCAAUCGUUUGAGAAGCUGGAACCGAACUAUGCCGGUGCCGAGUCGGUGCGAUGGGUUGCGGCCGGCGUAAUGAACUUCGAACCGAAAGGCCACGGUCACGAGCUGGCGGAAAUGUGUGUUCGCGACCUGCUGGCCAACUUCAACGGCAAGGAUUGGGGCAACAAUGGCCCGGGGGUGGUAACGCGCGUGCUGCAAAAGUACUGCCACACUCGGUCGACGGCUCACAUGACCCGGGAACGGUGCCGGCACUUUACCGUCUAUCCGAUCAGUGCAUUUUACGCGAUAGGGUACGAAGAUUAUCGGCAGUUUUUCGAGGAACAGUACCUGGAGCACGCCCUCUACACGCUCAAUCAAUCGAUCGUGGUGCACGUGUGGAACAAGUUUAGCAAGAAUCAUCCGGUGCGGGUGGGUUCACGGGUCGCUUACGGUGUGCUAGCCGAACGGCACUGUCCCAAAGUGUACCGAUCUUGCGGGACCGUUUUCUAACACCAAAGCAAUACCGAAUCGCAUGCAUUGUUCCGUUGUAUUGCUUCACAAUUCCUUACCGAUUUGAUUGUAGUCUUAUCUUGUGUGUUGGUGCUUGGUUUUUUUUUAUAAUUGUCCUAUGUGUUAGACCCUAUUUAACUGCCAGUGCCUACAAAUAGUCGAUAUCGUUUGAAUGAACAAAUUCUCAGCGAUAGAAGGUAGCUAACUCAUUUGACAGUUCAAUUUUAAUUUUUGUUCCAUUUCUUUGCUGACUCGAAUUUACACAGAAAAGUGUGUAAAUUCACAUUUUUUAGGUGCACACACAGGUGCUACUGUACCAUCUCUGAUUUAGCAAUCUCUUCCUGCAUUUCAUUGCAAUCUCCUUUGAUUUAGCAGCUAUUUAAACCGAUAUGUUAGUAAUCUCUGAUACACUCGUAACUUAUUUAUUUGUUGAUGUCAUCACUUGUGUGAACAUAAUUCAAACCAACUCGACACGAUUGACCAAAUGCGUUUAUCAGUAUUAGCCGCAGUUAGGUUUGCAUCUCAUAUAGAACCCAAUUUUAACGGCCAUGGGCCUGUGAAGCCCUAAAUCCUGCGUUAGAGAGGCCGCAACGCGUGUCGUUUAUUUGAGCAGCUGCACAUGCGUUACGCGUUGUGCGAACUAGAAGCAGUGUGGCAAAAUAUUUUGUCCAAUUGUAAGUAUUUGCAAGAGCUCUUGCAUAUUUUUCUCCGCUUCUAAGUACAGUGGUUGUUUAUGUUACGUUCUUGUGUUUAGGUCGUAGGUGUCCGAGAAAGAGGAGCAUUACGAAUAAAUAAAACUGAUGUUAUGGAUGGGUAAUUUGUAA